AUAUGAAGGAUGAAGCCCCUUGAAGAGGCCAUGCAGCGCAGGCGCAACUCAUCAUCGAUCGUCACGACUCCAGAUUCCUUUGCGCUAUUCUGCGUAGACUUCGUCUAGUCAAACUUGUCAUCACGUGUUUUCGCGUUCGCGAUCGAAGAGAGACCGUUCGGAAUGGGGCUUCGGAAAUGGGUCAGCCGUCCCAUCCGAGGGCAUCACCUCGGAGUGGAGGAUCUGACACGCGGCGAUGAAGGUGUUCCCGCCUCCAAACGCCGCAAAUGGGCUCUUCAAACGAUAGACUCGUCGCCAUUCCAAAUCUGGGUCGUCGUUGUAGCUGGCAUCGGUUUCCUGACUGACGCCUUCGCUCUGUUCUCUCUUAACGUCAUAACACCCAUGAUCGGCUACGUCUACUGGCCCGAAAACAAAGAUUCCGACGGCGUUCCUCAGCUCCCAUCGUCCGUGAAAACCGCCAUGAUGUGUUCGACCCUCGCCGGAACGAUGAUCGGGCAGAUCGCCUUUGGAUUCGCCGCCGACAGACUUGGGCGUAGAAAGAUGUACGGACUUGAACUGGUGAUCGUAAUUGUCGGCACAAUGCUCAUGCUCAUGAGUUCUAACGGUGAGAAGAACAGCAUGACGGUCGGAGGAUGGCUGAUUGCUUGGAGGACCCUCACUGGGCUGGGAAUCGGAGCAGACUAUCCAUUAAGUGCUUGCAUUGCUGCUGAAUUUGCGCCGCGCAAAUAUAGAGCGAGGAUGAUCAGUUGGGUCUUCUUCGCGCAACCGAUCGGCCAGCUGCUGGCGAAUGUGCUUUCCCUUGCGGCAGUGGAAGGCUUCAAGUCCCAGAUCACUCAGACAGGGCUCUCCUGCCCGGCUGGCGAGGAAGGUGAGCAGUGCUUUCGGGCGAUUGAUCGGCUGUGGAGAUUGGUUGUCGGUAUUGGCAUCGUGCCGGCGGUCAUCGCUCUGGCUUUCCGUUUCACCAUCCCCGAGUCGCCGCGGUACAAGCUCGACAUCCUUCGCAACGUCCACUCAGUCUUCGAAGACACGAAUAAUUACUUCGGUGCACCAGAGGCUGAUGCUGAAGGAGGGGAGCUGGACAUUCUACCCACCACGUCAGACCUUCCCGCGCCUCUCUCUCGGCGCACCUCGAACUCUUCGGAAAUUGCGCCAGACGCGGACGUCCAGAGCGACAGCGGAUCUGAAGGUCGGCCCAGCUCGGUCCAGCAAAGGCCGGCAUCUCGAGCCUUCCAGCUCCCACCCGGGGACCCUAGCUUCGUGCCACCUCUUGCUUCAUGGUCCGAUGCCAAGACUUUCUUCAUCCAUGAAGGCAACUGGCAAUACCUGCUCGGCACCUCGCUCUCAUGGCUAUUCCUUGACUUCGCCUUCUACGGAUUGGGGCUUUCGUCGCCCGAAAUCGUGCGGCAUAUCUGGGAGAACCCCAAGGAUCCACGCUCUUCCGUGUUCGCCUCGCUGCGCAACAACAGCGUGCAUACGCUGGUCAUGGUAUCCAUAGGGGCGACCAUCGGCGGCGCCGCGAUGAUCAAGGUUGUCAAGUACGUGAGCCCGAAGGUGAUCCAGCUCUGGGGGUUCCUGGUGCUGUUCGUGUUGUUCAUUGUGACGGGGAGUGCGUGGACGAAGCUGCUGGAUACGAGCCGAUCGGGACUGAUCGUGCUGUACGUCCUUGCCCAAAUCGCGUUCAAUCUCGGCCCGAACGUGACGACAUUCAUCAUACCCGCCGAGAUAUUCCCCACCCGGUACAGGUGCACCUCGCACGGCAUCGCGGCCGCAGCCGGAAAACUUGGCUCCUGGCUUGUCCAGAUCUUCCUUGCGUACGCCUUCAAGGCCAACAGCCAGCAGCAGCAGUUCGACUGGGAGCGCGAAAACUUCGGUCACGUGUUGCAGGUGAUGAGCGCCUUCAUGGUUGCCGGAGCCGUGACGACGUACUUUCUUGUGCCCGAGACGAGGGACCACGAUAACAAGAGCAGGACGCUAGAGGUGCUGGCCGGCGGUAAGAAAGUGCUAGACGGGUUGAAUCAGCAGAGGCGCCAGGAAGAGGACUAGAUGUGGUACGACUAGAUUAUUCUAGCCCCGGCGGCACCUAAAUCAGACUAACUCUGGUUCAAUUACACUCUUACUAGUGUCUUACUAGCGCAGCUCUAAAACUCCUAUAAACUUUUAAGCUAAUUAUAAUAUAUGGCUUUAGCUUCCCGGUCAAUCUAAC